AUGACGGAGGGCUUUAUGUGUGGCUGUGGUGAGGAUGCUUGCUCGAGCUACCAGCGCGGUGUGUGUGCAAAUGGCCAAUGUGUCUGUCACGGGCAGUUUGAAGGAGACUCGUGCGAGCACUAUCGGUGCCGGUCCGACGAGUGCCGGUACUCGGACAAUUGCUAUGACGAGGCCUACGGCAGUGACGACGGCGAAUGCGGGGGCCAGGGUCGGUGCGUGGCCGGUCUGUGCGAGUGCUACGGGGCGCUGACGAUGGAGAGCCAGUGCACUCGCGUGGGCUGCGCCGAUGACGUGGACUGCUCCAACCACGGAACGUGCGGAGCGGAGGGGACAUGUGAAUGCGAUGCCGGAUACAUGGGCGAAGCAUGCGAGCUGACGGUAUGCGGAGAUGAGCGCGCGGUUCACCAGGGCUUGAUUGCGACCUUCUACGAUGGGAGCGGGUUUGAUGAGCGGCGUGCCAUGGUGGCGAUGCCGCGUGUGUCGACGGACCCCGAUUACGAUGCCCCGCACCCGGGGCUGCCAAGCGACUACUUUAGCAUUGUAUAUGCGGGGUUUGUGCGGCCCAAGGAGACGGGGUGGUAUCGGUUCCGCCUGCGGCGUGAGAACAGCAACGCGUAUAUUUACCUGAACCGGAGCUCGUACGAUGACAGUGCGGGCCGCGCGGUGUUCUUGACGCGGGCUGAGCUGCUGCGCCUGAAGCUGGAGUGGCGCCACUACACGUCGGAUACGUCAUUGUACUUUGACUGGAUGGGGCCGUUUGCCAACUCGACGCUGGCCGAGGCGGCGCCGACGUCGGCUUUUGGGGUUGUGCCGGACCAUGUAUUGUUGUAUGAGGCGGUGUGUCCGGGCGGCUGCUCGGGUCGCGGGUGCUGUAUUGCCCCAGACACGUGCUCGUGUGAUCCGGGCUACACGGGUCCUCGCUGCGAGGUUGCGACGGAAGACUGCGGCACCGACGGGCCCUCUGGUGAUCUGGUACCUGGCGGCCUACGGACACGUUUUUUCAACGGCGUGCUGGAGGAUGCCAUGACAAGUACUGCGACAUAUGCCGACGGCGGUGUGCGCACCCGCAUCAACAGCGAUUGGGGAUCGAGCGGUCCUGCGAGUGGUGUGGACAGCAAUUACUGGACAGCCGUGUACACGGGCUAUGUGCGGGCUGAUCAGACGGGAUGGCAUACGUUUCGCGUGAGCGCCAGCUCGAUGGAUGCCCGGCUUUAUGUGGGAGGGCUACGCCUUUUCACUUGGACCGAGGCCUGGUCGCAGCCCAUGUAUCUCGUGGCAAAUCGUCUGUAUCCGUUGCGCUUCGAUGCUCGGGACGGAACGGGAUCGGCCGCCGUCUACCUCUACUGGGAGGGGCCAGGUUUUAUGGAGCAUCUGGUUCCGUCCACUAAUUUGUAUCACAUGACGGAGGGCUUUAUGUGUGGCUGUGGUGAGGAUGCUUGCUCGAGCUACCAGCGCGGUGGUCGGUGCGUGGCCGGUCUGUGCGAGUGCUACGGGGCGCUGACGAUGGAGAGCCAGUGCACUCGCGUGGGCUGCGCCGAUGACGUGGACUGCUCCAACCACGGAACGUGCGGAGCGGAGGGGACAUGUGAAUGCGAUGCCGGAUACAUGGGCGAAGCAUGCGAGCUGACGGUAUGCGGAGAUGAGCGCGCGGUUCACCAGGGCUUGAUUGCGACCUUCUACGAUGGGAGCGGGUUUGAUGAGCGGCGUGCCAUGGUGGCGAUGCCGCGUGUGUCGACGGACCCCGAUUACGAUGCCCCGCACCCGGGGCUGCCAAGCGACUACUUUAGCAUUGUAUAUGCGGGGUUUGUGCGGCCCAAGGAGACGGGGUGGUAUCGGUUCCGCCUGCGGCGUGAGAACAGCAACGCGUAUAUUUACCUGAACCGGAGCUCGUACGAUGACAGUGCGGGCCGCGCGGUGUUCUUGACGCGGGUUGAGCUGCUGCGCCUGAAGCUGGAGUGGCGCCACUACACGUCGGAUACGUCAUUGUACUUUGACUGGAUGGGGCCGUUUGCCAACUCGACGCUGGCCGAGGCGGCGCCGACGUCGGCUUUUGGGGUUGUGCCGGACCAUGUAUUGUUGUAUGAGGCGGUGUGUCCGGGCGGCUGCUCGGGUCGCGGGUGCUGUAUUGCCCCAGACACGUGCUCGUGUGAUCCGGGCUAUGGCGGUCCAAACUGUGGCGUAGACCUUUCUACCUGUGGUAUCAACGCCCCCGACGGCGCUCUUGUCCAAGGUGGACUCAUGUCCCGUUUUUACCCCGGCAAUUUGGAGGACGCAAUCACUGCGAAUGUCACCUCUGCCGACGGCGGCGUGCGCACCCGUAUUAACCUGGACUGGGGAUCCGAUGCACCUGCCGCCGGCUUUGAUGCCAACUAUUGGACUGCCGUGUUUACGGGUUGGGUCAAAGCUGAUCAGACGGGAUGGCAUACGUUUCGC